AAGACUUCGUCAGUCUGCGUUGAGAGUCGGCCCGGUGCGCACGUGGCCCUACGGUUGGUUCGCGCAAUUUUAAGUGUUCUGUGCGCGCGCUCGCGCUUGAAGCCUGUGAAGAAAUAGAGCGGUCGUUGUGUUGUUGUGUUGUACCCGAGACAAAGAUUGAUUCGGUGUUCGUGUUGGUGCAGUGCAAUCGUGGCAUUUUAUUGAACCGAUCCCCGGUGGAAAAUACCAAAUCGGCACUUUCGCUUUCCGUCGGAGAAGGCACGACGACGAGUUCUAGCCGCAACCUAAUCAACGUAAUUGCGGCAGUUGAACAUCGAGAACACCAACAUCAGGUGUUUGUGUGUGUGAUUGUUAUCUCUGACCGACGAAGGUGUGAGAUAUUGCCUUCGGUUUGGCAAUGGUCGUAUCCAGCUGCUGGACCUCGGCAGUUUCGCUGCUGCUGCUGCUAGCAUUCAACUCCAUCAACAAUGGACUCACGGCGGCCAGUUUGGUGACCGACCACGAUCGCGUUGUGGUAUGCUACAUUUCGACGUGGGCCGUCUACCGGAAGGGAACCGCUUCGUACGGGUUGGAUGCCUUCGACCCGAAGCUCUGCACGCACGCCAUCUACGCCUUUGCCGGCCUGGACAUCGAGAACAAUGCCAUGAAAUCACUUGAUCCCUGGCAAGACCUGAAGGACAACUGGGGCAAGGGCGGCUACGAGAAGCUGGUUGGAAUGCGCAACGCGAACCCCCACCUGAAGGUGCUGAUCGCCAUCGGCGGCUGGAACGAGGGCUCCGAGCGUUAUUCGGAUCUGGCGGCCAACCCGGAACGCCGGCAAGCGUUCGUGAAGAACGCGCUGGAGUUUGUCAAAAAAUACGGCUUCGACGGUCUGGAUCUGGACUGGGAGUAUCCAACGCAGCGGGGUGGUAAACCGUUUGAUCGGGAGAACUUUGUGUCGCUGGUCAAGGAGUUGAGCCAGCAGUUUAAGCGUAACAACCUGCUCGUGACGUCGGCUAUUGGAGCUGGAAAGGACACGAUCGACGCCGCGUACGAUAUCAAAACGCUGUCCAAGUACCUGGACUACCUGCACAUCAUGUGCUACGAUUACAACGGCAGCUGGAACCGCAAGAUUGGUCCAAAUGCCCCUCUCCAAAGCCGUGACGUCCUGAACGUCGAGUACACAAUCGAACACCUGUUGGCCCUGGGAGCACCAUCGAACAAGAUCGUACUGGGAUUGCCCUUCUACGGCCGCACCUUCGUAACUCCGUCAAAGCGGGCGAAGAUCGGUGACGAAUCGGACGACAAGGGAUUCGCCGGUCCAUCAACCAACGAGAACGGAUUCAUGGGAUACAACGAAGUGUGCGAAGCCCUCAAGGCCAACCCGGAAGGCUGGAACGUGUCCUGGGAUCCGGAAGCAUCCGAAGCCAUCGCCACCAUCCUGGACGGAAACAUGACCCGGGUAGUGAUCUACGACAACACGCGAUCGAUGGCCAACAAGGUGCGAUUCGCCAUCCGGCAGAACCUGGGCGGUCUGAUGAUCUGGUCGGUGGACACGGACGACUUCAACGGGCUGUGCAAUCCGGAAGAGGGAACCUAUGACGAUUUUGGUGACCGAGACAAGGUCAAGCUGACCGUUCCUCCGGCGGUCCAGGGCAAGUACAAGCUGCUGCGAACGGUGAACGAUGCCAUCGUGGUGGCCAUCGACGAACUGAACCAGGAGAACGAGAUCUCGAACGUGCCGGAUGAGGAAGGCGAUGGAGUGACCCACAAGGCGCCGACGAGUGCGGCUGAGAAGAGGGCUGGGUUCAGUGUGUUGAGUGUUGUGGCGAUGGUGCUGGUGGCGAGUUUGAGGGUCAGUUUUGUGUAAAAGAUGGUUCGAAGGAAUAAGAGGGAGUAGAAGUUGUAAAUAAAUUCGAAUAUGGUAGUAUUUAAAA